AACCAGUGGAAGCACAGCACAGAAUGACAUCACUCAAAACAAACAUCCAAGUUCUUGAGAUAAAGGCAGAGCAUUUAUAAUCCCUCUUUCUUCCAACCAAACCAAGAGCAAGAAGAUCAGAACAGCUUGUCCGAUCACAGCGAGAUCCAUGGCAUUGGACUUGCAAGCCAUUUGCCGUCUCCUGGGGAGUGCACAAAGUCAUCCAUCACAGUGAAUCUCAAAAGAGAUUGCCUGAAGGUGGAAGAGGUUGUGAUGCAGAAUGCUCCAAGCUGUGAAGGCAGAGGGGGCCGAGGUAGAGAGGAUCGGUUCAAAGGGGAGCAGGCCUCCAAGUAGAUCAACAGACCACCACAAAAGAACCGACUUCCACCGCAGCCACCGGAGAUGACUCACCUCUUCACGAUCCGACAACCAUCCAAGCAACAACACCACCUUGGGGAGGCCAGAGGGGGGAAGAUGAGAAUGACUUCACCUUGUAGAUGAGACCACCAACCUGGAAAGAACAGCCAUCACAAAGCAAAGGUCAAGCUUCCCAAGCUGCAACCACCAGAUCCUCAAACGAGCAAGCCUUGAAACCGCAAAAUUCUAGAUCUGGAAAGCCAAAAUGGCUGGAGAAACUGAAAUCAUGAAGAUGAAAAGCCUAGAAGCAAAGGCCUGAAGAACGAAAACAAGGCAAGCAAGAAAAGCAAUAAAAAAAGAGAAGUUUGGGUUGCCGCCGGUCACCUGAAGCAGCCGGCGGCAGCCAUGGAAGGCUGGAAAAGGAGGCUUUUUAGAGAGAAGGGAGAGUAAAUUUGAAAAAGGUAAAGUUAGAGAGAGGAGGGCUAUGACUAGUUGCUAUAUUGUCCGUUUAACUUCAUUAAAGCAUUUUUCUAUGGAGACGUUUUAAUUGAGAUUUAAAUUUUCCUUUUAUGUUAAUUACCUUUAAUAAACAGCCACCAAACUUCGAGACCCCCUUUUCCGGCCCGUCAAUUUUUGUUUUGGGAGGAAGAAAAGGGUCGUUAGAAGCAUCUUCGAUGGUGAUUUUGGGUUGACGAUGAAUUUGGGUUGGAUAUCAUCGCAUCGCGGAGACACCGAUUCAGAUCUAAUCGUGCCUGGGGGACUGGACCAAAGUCUUCCCAGCGGCGGGGAGGAAGAGGUCUUCAACCUCCAUUGGGUUUGAGAUCAUGGCGUGGUGGAGACACCGAUCUGGAUCUCAUCGUGCUCGGGACUGGACCAAAGUCUUUCCGGUGGUGGCUUCUCGGCGACAGGGAGAACGAAGGAGGAGGCGAAAAGAGGGGCGAUCUUCCCGGCGGUGGCUUCUCGACGGCGGCUGGGAGGAAGAGGACUUCAAUCUCCGUUCGGUUGGAUGAUAUCAUGGUGGAGACACCGACAAAGGGGCAGUUUUCCCGACGAUGGUUUCUCGACGGCUGGGGAAACGGAGGAGGAAGUAAGAGGGUUUAAUCUUGCUUUAUUGUGGGAUUGGAGAGGGACUUUAAUUGCACGAAAAAUAAAUUAAAAGUACAAAUAGAAAAGUUUCCAGCAAUAAAUAUAUUUAUCAAAUUUUAAUGACACGUGGUGGUUAUUUAUUGGUCGGGAGUACCACAUCACUGAUCCUACGUGGUACUCCCGGAGUAGCCAAUAAUUUCUCGAUAGGUAGAUAGAUCUGAAAAAGACAAAAGGAUUACAUCUACACGUGGCCAAAACACUAAUAGAGCUCACAGAAUCCUCAAAUAGACCGGUCACCAGACAAUAACUCCCCUUCUCUUUCGUUAUCCAUUCCUGAUUCAUUCUCUCUCCUCCUUUGCAAAAUCCAAUUUCCAUUUUUCCUCAUUACAUCAAUCAAUAGAUCGGGAAGGAAAAUCUGUCUUUCUUCUCGUCUCCGGCUGCCCCGCUGGAUUCUGGUCUCCUCCGUCGUCUUCGUGGCAAAUACACAACUCACCAUUGCUGACACUAGAGAGCUGAACUGAUCCACUACAUGAACAGAGGGGAGAAGAAACAGAGAAGAAGAAAAGGAAAAGGCGCCAUUUUUAUUUCUCGUUUUCCCCUCAGAGCCUCGUACCAUUGUUGUUAUUAUAAUCGUAUUCGGGUAGGUGGGUUUUGUAGGCAUUGGAUGGUUGUUUAAUGGGCCGAUCCUAGAUCUGUCCGUCGCCCAGAAAAGCGGCGUUUUCCCCCCUUCUUUUGUCGCGGCCUCGCCGGCUUAAGGUCGUGUUCGAGUUACAAGGCAGAGAGGAUUUUUAAGGUUUUUGCUUAUACGAGGAAGAAGCGAAUAGCCGAAUACAGUGCGAGAAGGAAGGAGAGAUGGGAAAUGCUAAUGGGAGGGAGGAAGGGGACGGAGAAGGUGCGGAAGAGGAUGGAUCCAAUGGGGAAUCGUCGGCUAUGCAGAUGCAGCGGGCGCCACCACCGCCGUCGCCGAAUUCAAGCCGCCCAGCUGGUCGAGUUGGUUCGACGGAUUCUAUGCAGCCAAUCAAUAACAGUAGCAGUCCACCACAUAGCCCAGCUCGCUCCGCCUCGCCUCUCUUGUUUGCUCCGCAGGUGCCUGUAGUACCAUUACCAAGGCCUGAUGGUUUCCCCCUUCAAUUGUGGCGGAAUGAACCUCAGCCCGUUGUUGAUCAACCUUCUGUAAAGGCAAUCCCAGCAAUCAUCACCUGGAACUACGGUGGUAAUGAGGUUGCCGUGGAAGGAUCGUGGGAUAAUUGGCAGACAAGGAAGUUGAUGCAAAGAACAGGAAAGGAUCAUUCUAUUCUUCUCGUACUUCCAUUAGGGAUAUACCAUUAUAAGUUCAUUGUUGAUGGGGAGUGGAGAUAUACACCAGACCUUCCUUUUAUAGCGGAUGAGAUGGGUGGCGUUUGUAAUAUUCUUGAUGUUAAUGAUUAUGUACCAGAAAACCCAGAAAGUGUCUCCGAGUUUGAAGCUCCAGCAUCACCGGACUCGAGUUAUGGCCACACGUAUCCAUCUGAGGAAGAAUUUGGGAAGGAGCCUGUUGUGGUUCCCCCCCAGGUGCAUCUUACUGUCCUUGGUAUGGAGAACCCAGUUGAACCUGCUUCAUCAUCUUUUUCACCUCCUCCUUCAAAGCCUCAGCAUGUCGUGCUGAACCACCUCUUUAUCGAAAAAGGAUGGGCUGCUCAAUCACUGGUUGGUCUCGGGCUGACCCAUCGGUUCGAAUCCAAAUACAUCACUGUUGUCCUUUACAAGCCAUUGAAAAGGUAGCACUCACCAUUCGGUUUCCCACGCUUUUGAACAUGUAAAACCCAGACAGCUACUUUUUUGAUUGCUUACCUGGUUCUUUUGAAGGAUAUCUCUGUUCAUAGUCUGCUGAACUUUUUCAGCUUAUUGUGACCAUGUUGUCGACUGCUGUGCUGUUUUCAUUUGUUCAAGCAUUUUGCUUUUGAAAGCAUGUUUCCUGGAAGAUGGUAACCCUUUUUGUGUAGAGAAAGAAGCAUUGUAAAAUUCGUAGUUACUUUGUAGCAGUUCUGAAAUGGAGGGAGGCUAAUGUCAGCCAUUGAUGAGAGCUUGGGGAAGGCUGGAGCUUGACCCUCAUAUGAGAGAACCAUCUUACUACUAACCAAGUGAUAGAAGAUUUGGUGGAGACCCUGAAUGUUUGAGAGAGGAUAAGGCAGAUUUUGAAUUGUAAUGGUGUCUCUUCUCCACGUUUGGUCACAGUGGAGAAUAGCUUUUGUUGUUGCCGUUUUUUGUGGUGAGAGGAAUUUGUGGUUUCACUUUGCCUGUGGGAUGCUCUGAUGAUCCUUUUGUUGUGCUGAUAUUCCGUGUCAAUGUCUUGUCUAUUUUCCCAGCCCUAUUUUUCUCUAUAUAAAUUACACAACCAUGGGCCAUGUGAGCCCAGUCAGUUCAUUGUCAUCCCCCAGGAUUCUGAUUUAUUUAUUAUGUG